AGUUUUCAUAUUGGCAACAUGUGACUUUAACAAAACACAAUAUUUUUUCAAUUUAAACUAAUUGUUUCUGGUUAAUAAAUACAUCUUUUGUAUCUUUAUUAAUAUACCACUUUUUUGUUACUUAUGCACGGUUUCUCACUGUCAUUUGCUUCUUUUGUGUAAUUUAAGUGAAUACGUUUUAUUUAUAAUCAUGUCUCGACCAGAAUAUCAAGCUCCACCAGAGUUUUAUUACAACGAUGAAGAAGCUAGGAAAUAUACAAGAAAUUCUCGUAUCAUGGAAGUGCAAUAUCAACUCUCUGAAAGAGCUCUGGAAAUUUUAGCUCUUCCUGAAGGUAUCAAAGCCCACAUUUUGGAUCUUGGUUGUGGUUCAGGUCUUUCCGCUGCUGCCAUUGAAGAAGCUGGCCAUUCAUGGGUUGGUGUUGAUAUUUCACCAUCAAUGUUGGAUGUUGCCAAGGAACGUGAUUUAGAGAAAGGUGAUUUGAUUCUUGGGGAUUUAGGACAAGGGCUACCUUUCCGACCUGGAACAUUUGACGGAGCUAUUAGUAUUUCAGCCCUUCAAUGGUUAUGUAAUGCGGAUAAAAAAUCACACAAUCCUGUUGCUAGGUUGAAACAACUUUUCACUAGUUUGUACAGCUGUCUUGCUCGUGGCAGUAAAGCAGUGUUUCAAUUUUAUCCAGAAGAUGAUAAACAAGUAGAAUUGAUUACCACUCAAGCCAUGCGAGCCGGUUUUACUGGCGGUUUACUUGUCGAUUAUCCUAACAGUUCAAAAGCCAAAAAAGUUUACCUAGUUCUGUUUACCGGAGGAAUUGAUCCAGUAAUGCCCAAACCACUGGUAAAUGAACAUGAAUUACCUUCAGCAGUUUCCAAUAUCAAUCGUAAAAUGAAAAAUAAACCUGUCCGAGGAAAGCCUGCGAAAAAAUCUCGAGAAUGGAUUCUUGCAAAGAAAGAAAGAAGAAGACGUCAAGGAAAAGAAGUUAGAGAAGAUACCAAAUAUACUGGAAGAAAACGAAGCGGAAAAUUCUGAUGUGUACUUUUUAUUAAAGUAAAACCAACAACAAAUUAAAUUAAGAUGAGCUACAUGCUGUGUAAAUGUUUGACUAAAACAUUUCGAUCAUCUUUUUCAAAUGUUUGAUGAUUCGAAAUCUUUUACUUUCAUAAGAAGGAAUGUUAAUAAAAGACAACAUUAUUUAAAAAACA